UAGUGAAUGCGGGGUCCGGGGAGAGCGGAUAUAGUGAAUGCAGGGUCCGGGGAGAGAGGAUAUAGUGAAUUCGGGGUCUGGGGAGAGCGGAUAUAUUGAAUGCGGGGUCUGGGGAGAGAGGAUAUAGUGAAUGCGGGGUCCGGGGAGAGCGGAUAUAGUGAAUGCAGGGUCCGGGGAGAGUGGAUCUACGGAUAUAGUGAAUGCAGGAUCCAGGGAGAGCGGAUAUAGUGAAUGCGGGGUCCGGAGAGAGCGGAUAUAGUGAAUGAGGGGGUCCGGGGAGUGCAGAUAUAGUGAAUGCGGGGUCCGGGGAGAGGA